AUGAGCUUUGCUCGGAGGAGAUCUGCCUCGUUGGUUCUCAUCUAGAAGCAGCUCCCAAAAUGGCCCAUAAAGAAAUCCAUUGGAAUAUUAGUCCAAGGAGGUGCUUUGGGGACAGUUGGCAGUGCAAUGGCCUCCAAGUACCUCAUAGUGGUUCUGGCCAUUUUCUCCUCUUUCGCCCAGGUUGUAAUAGAAGCCAGCUCUUGGUGGUCUUUAGGUAUGAAUCAUAUGAAUCCUAUGAACCCUGUUCAGAUGUCAGAGGUAUAUAUAAUAGGAGCACAGCCACUAUGUAGUCAACUAGCAGGACUUUCCCAAGGACAGAAGAAACUCUGCCACUUGUAUCAGGACCACAUGCAGUAUAUUGGAGAGGGGGCAAAGACAGGCAUUAAGGAAUGCCAGUAUCAGUUCAGACACAGAAGAUGGAAUUGCAGCACUGUGGACAACAACUCUGUUUUUGGCAGAGUCAUGCAGAUAGGCAGUAGGGAGACUGCCUUUACUUACGCAGUCAGCGCUGCCGGGGUGGUUAAUGCAAUGAGCCGCGCCUGCCGAGAGGGGGAGCUCUCCUCCUGUGGCUGCAGCAGAGCGGCCAGGCCCAAAGAUUUACCCCGGGACUGGCUGUGGGGUGGCUGUGGGGAUAACAUCGAAUAUGGCUACCGCUUCGCCAAGGAGUUUGUGGAUGCUCGGGAGCGUGAGAGAAUUUAUCAGAAAGGCUCUUACGAGAGUGCUAGGAUUUUGAUGAACCUGCAUAACAACGAGGCUGGAAGACGAACCGUGUAUAACUUGGCUGAUGUGGCCUGUAAGUGCCAUGGGGUGUCUGGCUCUUGCAGCCUGAAGACCUGUUGGCUGCAGCUGGCUGAUUUCCGCAAAGUGGGCGAUGCCCUGAAGGAGAAAUAUGAUAGCGCUGCUGCCAUGAAACUUAACAGCCGGGGCAAGUUGGUGCAAGUGAACAGCCGCUUCAACACGCCCACCGUCCAUGACCUGGUCUACAUUGACCCUAGCCCCGACUAUUGCGUGCGCAAUGAGAGCACCGGCUCCCUGGGCACCCAGGGCCGCCUCUGCAAUAAGACCUCAGAGGGCAUGGACGGCUGCGAACUCAUGUGCUGUGGCCGGGGCUAUGACCAGUUCAAGACAGUGCAGACAGAGCGCUGCCACUGCAAGUUCCAUUGGUGCUGCUAUGUGAAAUGCAAGAAGUGCACAGAGAUCGUGGACCAGUUUGUGUGCAAAUAG